CACUCCUUUAUCCCUGCAACAAAAAACUUUUUCACCUCGACCUACUACUUGAUCCUCCAAGCAAACAACGGUGAACGCUGAACAAACACCACUGUACACUGCGUUUAGCAUGAAGGAGAUCAAGACAGAGAUCAUCAACACUCCAAAGCAGAUCGGCGAUCUAGUCGACUGGCUCGUCUUGCGUCAUGCACCUCCUGAGCCGUACGAGCCAACGAUGUAUGUCGAUCUCGAAGGCGUGAACCUCUGCUGAGAAGGCUCGGUCUCCAUCUUCACCCUCUUGAUCGAUACAGGAAUCCCAACCUUACGCGUUUACGUCAUCGAUGUGUAUUCUCUCGGCCUACAAACAUUCAACACCACCGGCACCAAAGGCCGAACGCUUAAAGAUGUUUUAGAAGACGAAAAGAUUCCAAAAAUCCUUUUCGACGUCCGCAACGAUUCUGAUGCCUUAUUUGCACAUUUUGGCGUAGCACUACAGGGCGUCCAGGAUCUCCAGCUGAUGGAGAGCGCUACAAGGACGACGACAAGCUCUAGAAAGUAUCUGCACAGCUUAGCCAGGUGUAUUGAGCAGCAUGCACUCCAUGGCGAGGAGCUUACAAGCUGGAAGCGAGCGAAAGAAAAAGGCAGACGACUUUUCAGAUCGGAGUACGGCGGCUCCUACGAGAUUUUCGAGCGACGCCCGAUCCCUGACGAGAUAAUCUCCUAUUGUGUUGGCGACGUCCACCAUCUUCCUACGUUGUGGAAAAGAUUCCAGGCAAAUACAAACGAUUGGCGAGUCCUUGUGAACGAAGAGACGAAGAAGCGCAUCGAGGCAUCACAGGACUUAGAGUACAAGCCCCAUGGCCCCGAUCGGACAUUAGCCCCGUGGAGCGAAGAUCAGAACAGAGUUUUGGAUGAGUGGAAUCAUGUCCCGCAUCGCAAUUUUAGCGAAGACGAUGGUUGGGGUCUCGAUAAGGAUGGUUGCGAUCCUGAUGAUGAUGGUCCAACAAGCUGUCGGGAUAUUAUCAACGAUUGUGACUACGAGUACUACUAUUCUGACUAAGUAAACCUUAUCAGCCGGUUGCUAUUGACAAUGACGGCUGCAGAAGUCCCAGUCUCCCUCUCUGCAACGGUGAUAAAUUGGC